AUUUUAAUAGUAUGAGUGAGCCACUCUUGACAAGAGGAUCUAGUGAAGAUUUUAGCGAAGACGUAUCUCUUGAUCAUCCUUGGACACAAGAAGAAAAGAGACCUUCCUUUACUAAGCGAUAUCAUAAAUGGGUGAUUGGUGGAUGUACUGUCACUGUAUUGUCAGUAAUUGGGCUAGCUAUAGCCAUUAAUUUUAAGAGUCUGGUUGUCAAUACAAAUGAUAAUAAUACUAGCACACCAUGGGUUUAUAGUAACUAUCUUUUUUUUUCUUAUCUUUAGUCUAACUAUAUUUUUCUGUAGAUCCUCAACAAUCGGCAUUUUCAAUUUCCACAGCACCUAAAAAGCCAAAAAAUGUGAUUAUGAUGAUCAGUGAUGGUCUUGGACCCGCUUCUGUUGCCUUUGCAAGAACAUAUUAUCAGCUCAUAAACAACAAACCUUAUGACUUCCAGAUGCCCUUGGACAAAAUCCACGUCGGACAAUCUCGAACAAGAAGUUCCUCAACUCUAGUGACGGAUAGUGCAGCUGGUGCAACCGCAUUUAGUUGCAACAUGAAAACUUACAACGGUGCUAUUGGUGUGGGACCCAAGAAAAAUCCUUGUGGUACCGUCUUGGAAUCGGCUAAACAUUCAAAAAACAUGUUAACUGGCCUUGUAGCAACUUCACGAAUCACACACGCAACGCCCGCUUCAUUUUCUGCUCAUGUGCAAGAUAGAGACAAUGAGAAUGCUAUUGCUAAACAACAGAUCGGUGAUAACCCUCUAGGCCGUAGUGUGGAUUUAAUGUUUGGAGGAGGUUACUGUCAUUUCCUGCCCAAGACAGAGAAAGGCGGUUGUCGGUUUGAUGGCCGUUAUCUUUUGGAAGAAGCAAAAUCAACAUAUAACUGGACUACAGUGAUACAUAAUGACAAAAAGAUGUUUGAUGAGAUACCUAUUGACGCACAUGUUUUACCUGCCAUCAGCUUGUUUUCUUCGGACCAUAUGGCCUAUGAAAUUGAUAGAGAUCCUACUCGAGAACCAAGUUUAUCGGAAAUGUCAAAAAAGGCACUUGAUAUUUUAUACAAAGCCACAAACAACACAGAAGAAGGCUUCUUUUUAAUGAUUGAAGGCAGUCGAAUUGAUAUGGCUGCUCAUUCCAAUGACGCUCCUACGCACGUGCAUGAAAUUCUGGAAUAUCAAAGGACAAUUGAACUAGUGAUGAAAUAUGUGGAUAGUCAUCCCGAUACAAUCAUGAUUUCUACAAGUGAUCAUGAAACUGGUGGCUUGUCUUUAGCUAGACAAGUCUCUAAAGCAUAUCCUGAAUACCUUUGGUAUCCUGAUGUGCUGACUAAAGUAAAGAGUUCGACUGUCAAUUUGGCCAAGAUGAUAAAGGCUGAAGCAAGUCUGACUCGAGAAUAUAUUAUAGAUACUAUUUUGAAGGAAAAGCUCGGCAUUACGGAUGCAACUGAGGAUGAAAUUAAGCUGUUGACAAAGAAAUCAACUUCAUCUAAAUCACUUGAAGAAUAUUUAGCAGAUAUGGUUUCCAUCCGUGCUCAAUUAGGAUGGGCAACACAUGGUCACAGUGGGGUAGAUGUCAAUUUAUAUGCGUAUGGUCAUGGUGCAGAGUAUUUGAUUGGCAGCCAUGAAAACAUUCAAGUUGGCGAGUUUAUCACAAGUGCUCUUAAUUUAAAUCUAAGUGAAGUAACUUCAAAGCUUAAUAGCAAUAAUCCCUCUUUUCACUUGACUCAAUUAACACCAGAAGGAAAAUUGGAAUAUAACCAGGAUUUAGAACAUUAUCAUCAUGUACCAUCCAAACUAAAGCAUGCCGAACUUUAGACUUGUAUAUAUAUAUAUAUAUAAUAAAGCUUUUUUAUGACAAUUACAAAUCACAAGUUACACGAUAAACAAGACACAAUUAGUGGCUUUCUUGGCCGAUUAUGCAUUUUUAAUUGGUAAUUUAAUUAGAG